AGAGAUUUAAACAAGAUGUUUACGAAAAAACUGGAACGGAUGUAUCAACCACCCUCGGACCUUAAGAGAUAUGACAAUGAGGGAUACAUACAAAAUCCAUUACUUAAAUUCCGACUUGCCGAUAUCCAGCGCCAGCGACAUUCACGCUUUCUCAAAUAUCGCGCCGCUCUGGAGAAAGUAAAUUUAUGCCGCAAGCCGCUGCCACCUGAACCGGACAUGCGUCUACUACCCGAAAACGAUUACAUUGACAAUUUGCGUCGGGAAGUACGUAAAAUAGAAGUACCAAAAAUGUUGCGGAAAACGGAAAAGAAAAUUCUCAGCUAUGCGCCAACCCGUUUAAAAACCAAAUAUCCCGAGUUGGUCGACAAUUAUAUGAAAGAUGUACACGAAGAAUUCGAUCGUCUCAUGAAGAUUUACAGCAUGAAUUGCAUACUGGUGCAUCCAGAGUUUGCUGAUGAGGAUCCCGCACAAUUUGUACUGCCACGCAAAGACUUUCACUUCAAGUUACCUGGACGCACAGCGAAUUAUCCGAAAUUUCUUGAGAAUAAACGAAAAAUCAGCAAAAAGUUACUUAUUGUGUAUCCACAGGUGCGUAUGAUUUUAAAUACCUCCGAGUUGGAGUUUCCGAAAACAAUGGUUGUUUUGGAUCCAAUAACCCUCGGUUCGAGUCAUGUACAAGCGACAAUGGGACUCGGCGGCCGAGAAGCACUAUUUUACAAGACGUUUAUAAAAUAUGUGGAAAACAAUUUGGGCGAUGUAAGUAACUUUUUACGCUGGUCAUGGUAUCCGAAAAUGGUCUCACUUAUACGUCGUCAAUUCCGCCGACGUAUAAUGCCUAAUUGGCUCAAGGCGCAUAUGUUCAAAUGCUUGGAGGCGCUUAUGAAUAGACAAAUAAAUAUGCUGAAAAUAAAUACACUGGAUGAGUUCUUGCGUGUUGGCGGCUUGGAACGUAAAAUUCCUACGCUCAAAAUUAAUAUGAUCUAUCAGGAAGAUGAGAACACAAUAGAACUAGAUCCGAGUUUAGAAACAAUUUACGACAUGUAUAUGCAUCUCACCGAUGCGACGGCACAGGUGGCAACUGGUAUAGAGCCCUUAGAGCCGCAAAUCGAUUCAGCACUGGUUAAUAAUGCAGCCGACUAUCUGCGUAUAUCCAUGAACGAGUAUUGGCUUAAUGAAUAUAAAGUUAAAUUAAAAAAUGUAUUGAGACGUACAUAUGCGCCUAUAAAAGACUAUAUUAUUGGAUAUAAAAGGAAAUAUUACAAUCUUUAUGCGGAUGAUGUGCGGCGUGGUCUUGACGAGUUUUUGAGAGAAUCCCGUGAGUUUGACGAGUACUUCAAACGUAUUGAGACUUACUUCGAGUUUAUACGUAUGUUACAAGGGGAGCCGGAAAACGAUUACUUCGAAAUGUGUGUAGUCUGCAAUAAGGCUGCGUUUGUGACACUAAGACGAAUUGCCGACGAUUUAAUUGCUCGCAUAACUGAACAAAUGGUUAAGGAGCAUAUAAAAGCCGAGGAGGAAAUCUGUGCUGCAUUCGAAGACAUUAAAACUAAAGCAUUGACGGUACCAAGAUCAACUGAAGAAUUACUCGCGAGCGCUGAGUACAUGAUAAGUGUGAAAAAAGAACUUAUAUUCGCAUUAAGGGAUCGUAUACAAUAUUGCCUUCAAGUUGGCACGAAUCUGGUUGAGUUAACCGAAAUGUCACCAUACCAUUUCGAUCUUACCAUCCGCACCAUUAACUGGCUACAAGACAUUAAUGAAAUCUGUGAUUACAAUGCUUCACAGCAAGAGCAUUAUAAAUUUCUUUUUGAGGAACAUCUGCAGGAUGUCAUUAAGAAGCUGAAUGAGGAUAUUGAUGCUAUGUUGCCAAAUUUAGCCAUUAUCGACGAUAUGAGUGAACCAGAACAGUUUCGUCAUAACUAUAUAUUGUUGAGAAAUUUCAUGGGUCAACUGAAGACAUUCGAUGACUAUGUUGCAUGGAUUAAUAAGGAGGAGAAACUCUUUAAGAUGGCGCAAACAUCAUAUCCCAAAUUAGAAGUUAUGAAGGGUUUCAUUAUUCCAUUUGCAGAACUAAUGAAAUCUUGCAUCGAAUGGAUGCGUUACUUGAAUGUCUGGAUGUACGGACCUUUUGAGUAUCUAGAACCGAAAUUCGUUGAAGAAACAACUGAUAACUUUCUAAAAGAGUUUCAGAAAAACCAAAAAUACUAUCGCGUAAAAAUCAGACAAGACCAAAUUGAAACUCCAAUAUGCAUGUUUCGGGGACAAACUGAAGACCCCGAUCCUGAAAAGCAUCCUGUGCCUAUUCGACUCUGCACAAAAAUGAUUAAAACUAUAAAGGACUUCACCACGGGCGUUUUUAUCGUUAAUAUAAUGUGCAAUCCGGCAUUGCGUAAACGACAUUGGAAGGAAAUGUCCGAGAUUGCUGGUUUCGAUAUAACACCCGAUGCCGGUACAACCCUCAAGAAAAUAAUUGAUAUGAAUCUUGACACUAAGCUAGAUCAAUUCGAGAUUAUCAGUGUUGGUGCUAAUAAAGAACUACAGCUGCAGAAUAACUUGCACGCAAUGAUACGAGAAUGGGAUUCACGAUUCUUUCCCACCGGUCCAUAUAAAGACACAGGUGUUAUGAUUCUCUCGAAUUUGGAUGACAUACAGGCACUCUUGGAUGAUCAUAUUUUGAAAACGCUUACCAUGCGCGGAUCAGCUUUUAUGAAGCCGUGUGAGGAUGAAGUGUUGGCGUGGUACGAUAAAAUAAUGCGUGUAAAUGCUACUCUCGAUCAGUGGGGUAAAGUUCAGUCGAACUUUUUAUACCUGCUACCGAUAUUUUCCUCCAAAGAUAUCGUGGCACAAAUGCCAGAAGAAGGUCGUCUCUUUCAAGUUGUAGAGCAGACAUUUACGCGCAAUAUGGCUAUGGUGCUGCGUCAGCCACUUGUAAUGGAAACUGCGCCGCAAGCUGGUCUGCUCGAAUCACUGAUAAAGGCAAAUGAACUGCUCGACGACAUCACUACCGGUGUGAGUAAUUAUUUGGAAAAGAAGCGCUUGUACUUUCCACGUUUCUUCUUUUUAUCCAAUGACGAAAUGCUAGAAAUAUUAUCCGAAACAAAAGAUCCACUCCGUGUGCAACCGCAUUUGAGCAAAUGUUUCGAAGGUAUAAAUCUGCUCGAAUUCGAUGCCGAAAAGAAUGUGCUUGCAAUGAUAAGUAGUGAUCAAGAAAAGAUAAAUUUUGUCGAGCAAGUGUCGACCGCUGCCGCUGGUGGUAGUGUGGAAAAAUGGUUGGUUGGUGUUGAAGCCGAGAUGCUGAGAGCUGUGCGUAAUGAAAUGGAUCGUUCCUAUGGACACUAUCCAACUGUACAACGCUUCGAUUGGGUCUUACAUUGGCCGCAAAUGAUCGUACUGUGUAUUUCUCAGGUGUACUGGGCAUCCAUGGUGCACAUGAAUUUACGUCGGUCUGCUCUAAAUCAAAUUGCUAUGACUGAUUUUUUCGGCAGUCUCAAUAAGGAUUUGAAUGAUAUUGUCGCUUUAAUACGAUCCACACAUAUCAAUAACCUAAAUCGCAUAACUAUCAAGUCGCUUAUUGUAAUUGAUGUACAUGCAAAGGAUGUUGUCGAAGAUUUGAUUCGCAUGAAGAUUAGCAGUGAGUUCGAUUUUCAAUGGAUGGCUCAAUUACGCUAUUACUGGGAGAAUGGUGACAGUCUUGUGCGUAUUAUAAAUGCAACCGUGCCGUAUGCUAAUGAGUAUUUGGGGAACUCAGAUCGUUUGGUAAUCACUCCAUUAACUGAUCGUUGUUAUCGCACUUUGGUUGGUGCCUAUCAGCUGCAUUUGAAUGGUGCGCCAGAAGGGCCUGCUGGCACAGGAAAAACCGAAACAACUAAGGAUUUAGCCAAAGCACUGGCCGUACAAUGUAAAGUCUUCAAUUGUUCCGAUGGUUUAGACUACAAGGCAAUGGGAAAGUUUUUCAAAGGACUCGCCUCUUGUGGUGCCUGGGCUUGCUUCGAUGAGUUCAAUCGCAUUGAGUUGGAGGUACUUUCCGUGGUGGCUCAACAGAUCUUACUUAUCAUACAAGCGGUGCGUGCCAAAGCGGUCAAGUUUAACUUCGAGGGUACAGAGCUAACACUAAAUCCAGCCUGUUAUGUCUGUAUAACCAUGAAUCCCGGCUACGCAGGCCGCUCUGAGUUACCGGAUAACCUUAAAGUACUCUUCCGUUCGGUUGCAAUGAUGGUGCCCGACUAUGCAAUGAUUGGCGAAAUAUCGUUGUACUCCUACGGUUUUGUAGAUGCGCGGAAGUUGUCGGUAAAAAUCGUCACCACCUAUCGACUAUGUUCAGAGCAAUUGUCUAUGCAAAACCACUAUGAUUACGGCAUGCGCGCCGUCAAGACCGUGCUCUCAGCGUGCGGUAAUCUGAAGAAGAAAUUCCCAGAUGAAGUGGAAGACAUAUUAUUGUUACGUUCACUGCUCGAUGUUAAUCUGCCGAAAUUUAUGUCUUUCGACAUACCUCUUUUCGAGGGUAUCAUUUCGGAUAUAUUUCCAGGUGUAGUAUUGCCCGAAACCGACUAUACCUUGAUUGAGACUGAAUUCAAACGAAUUUGUGAUGAAAUGAUACUAGAACCGACCGACAGUUUUCUUACUAAAGUAAUACAAACUUAUGAAAUGAUUAUCGUUCGACAUGGUUUUAUGUUGGUAGGAGAGCCACUGGCUGGUAAAAGUAAAACACUUCAAGUACUUGCCAAAGUACUUUCCGCUCUUAAAAUCAAAGCUCCAAGCAAAAGUUCCUACUUCCAGCAUGUACAAAUGGGUAUAAUGAACCCAAAGUCGAUAACAAUGAAUCAGUUAUACGGCUCAUUCGAUCCCGUCUCGUAUGAAUGGAACGAUGGUAUAAUAGCCAAAAUAUUUCGCGAGUUUGCAAUGACGCCCACGCCAGACAGGAAAUGGGUUAUCUUUGAUGGCCCUGUAGAUGCAGUUUGGAUAGAAAAUAUGAAUACAGUAUUGGAUGAUAACAAAAAGUUGUGCCUCAACUCCGGCGAAGUUAUAACCAUGAGCAAUGAAAUGUCCAUGAUUUUCGAAGUAAUGGAUCUGGCGCAGGCAUCACCAGCUACAGUGUCACGUUGCGGCAUGAUUUAUAUGGAGACUGCUUCAUUGGGUUGGCGUUCCUUUGCGCAUUGUUGGCUAAAGAAAUGCAAUCCCAUUUGGGCAGAUGAUGAAAUUAAAGAUUACAUAAUGACAUUUUUUAAGUGGUUGCUGGAACCGUGUCAAGCAUUUGUACGCAAACAUUGCAAGGAGCACAUAAAACCGGGCGAAUUCAAUUGCUUAACCACAACAUUUGAUAUUAUCGAAAUGCUGUUAGAUGAUGCGGUUGUCGAGAAUCCCGAUGAAUAUCAGCGACAUAUGCAGAUUUAUGUGCAAGCAUCCAUACUUUAUUCAUUUGUUUGGGGCAUAGGUGGUGUACUGGACACAGGAUCUAGAGAGAAGUUUGACGCAUUUCUAAAAGGUAUGUGGCUGGGCGAUGAAAUACCCGACAAUAUUGGGAAAUUGGAGAUUUCUGUGCCCGUGGAAGGGCUGCUAGUGGAUUAUGUAUAUGUGUUCAAGCAGCGUGGUGCGUGGAAGUCGUGGACAGAAUUGGCGAAGCGUAUGGAUAUCGAAGAAAAUUCAAUGGGCGUACAAGUGCCAACUUUAGAUACAGCUAGAUAUAUACAUCUACUCGAAUUGCAUAUUAAAAACAAACGGAAGAUGAUGCUUGUGGGACCCACUGGAACUGGCAAAAGCGCAUACAUUCAAAAUUACCUCAUGAAUAAAAUUGAUCGAGACACCAUCGAAUCAGCAUUUAUAACAUUUACCGUUAUGAUAACAGCAAAUCAAACACAAGAACUGCUUAUCUCAAAGCUCGUUAAGUGGAAACGCGGCAUUUACGGCCCACCAAAGGGCAUGAAAACUGUACUUUUCGUUGACGAUAUGAAUAUGCCGGUGAAAGAGGUAUAUGGUGCACAACCGCCGUUAGAAUUACUACGGCAAUAUUUUGAUUAUGGUCACGUAUAUGACUUGAAGGAUACCUCGAAGAUAUUCAUCAACGAUCUUUUGGUCAUAACUGCCUGCGGGUUGCCUGGUGGUAGUCGGCAGGAUGUGUAUGCUCGUUUUCUCAACCAUUUUAAUGUUUUCUCGAUCAACACAUUCGGCGAUGAUACUAUGAAUCGCAUAUUUGUGAAUGUACUGAUGAAUGGUUUCAAACGAUCCGGUCAUGGUAAUGAUGUUUUCCUUCCCUCAAACCAAAUCGUCAAUGCCACACAACAGAUUUAUAAAAGUGUACAGGCUGAAUUGCGGGCGACACCGGCAAAAUCGCACUACAUUUUCAAUUUACGUGACAUUGCGCGUGUCGUCUCUGCUUGUGCUUUAUUUAAAAAGGAAUCGGCUAAUGAUAAAAAGAUGUUUCCACGCCUAUGGUAUCACGAAGCGAUGCGAGUGUUUUACGAUCGUCUUGUCGAUGAGUCGGAUCGCCAGUGGAUGUUUCAGAAAUUAAAUGACUGUGUCAAGAAUAAUUUUAGAGAGAAAUUGGAAUCGGUCUUUGAGAACUACUGCACAAAUGUUGGUGGCGAAAUGACGUUCACAAUCGAGGGCGCUCAUCGGAUAUUCUUCGGUGCUUACAUGGAUGAAGACAAUGUACCUGAUGAAAGACGUUACGAAGAACUACCGUCAAUGGAAGUAUUCUUCAAAUUCGCUUCUGCUAGUUUAGAGGACUAUAAUUCUACGCGACGUUCUAAGAUGGAUAUAACACUAUUCACAUUUGCGUUAGAGCAUCUGAAUCGUAUUUGUCGUAUUAUUGCCAUUAAUGGUGCUAGCGCUCUUUUGAUAGGUAUGGGAGGAUCUGGCAGACAAUCACUUACCAAAUUGGCAUCCAACAUGGUGCAGACAUCAUUUUUUCAACCAGAGAUCACUAAGAACUAUGGACCAAAUGAUUGGCAUGAUGACAUAAAGAGCAUAAUGAAGGAAUCUGGUGGCUUAAACAAACACACGGUAUUUCUUAUGACUGAGAAUCAGAUUAAAAUGGAGUUGUUCCUACAAGACAUUGACUGUUUAUUGAAUCAGGGUGAAGUGCCCAAUGUAUAUGCUAUCGAUGAGAAGCAAGAGAUAUUGGAAUUAGUGCGCUUGGCGGCUCAAGGUGGCAACAGAAAUAUAGACAUUUCGCCGUUACAAGUAUUUUCUUUCUUUGUUAAUCGUUGUAAACAAAAGUUACAUAUUGUACUAUGUCUUUCCCCGAUCGGUGAUGCACUGCGUACCCGCGUACGCUUAUAUCCAUCGCUGGUGAACUGCUGCACAAUUGACUGGUACCAGAGUUGGCCCGAGGAAGCUUUAACUAUGAUUGCAAAAAUAUCGUUGGAAGACGUUAAAGUGCCCUCGACUAGUAUUAAAGAUUCCAUUGUUCAGAUUUGUCAGUAUUUUCAUAUAAGUGCGGCUAAGGUGUGUCGAGAAUUCUGCGAACUUACAGGACGACACAUUUACCAGACAAAUGCAUCGUUUCUUGAGCUAAUUAAAUCGUUUCAAACAUUAAUUGGACGGAAGCAAAAGGAAAUUAUGGAGGCUAAAAUGCGCUACAUUGGUGGCUUGGACACGUUAGCGAAUGCCGCUGCAGCUAUUGCUCUUAUGCAGAAAGAGUUGAAUGCCUUACAACCCCAACUGGUGGCACUUGCUGAAAAGUCACGACAAAUGUUAAUUGAAAUCAAUAAAGAAACUAUAGCUGCUAGUGCGGCCGCAGAGCAAGUUAAGAAGGACGAAGUGAUAGCUGCCGUGCAGGCCGAAGCCGCGCAAGCGCUAAAAGAUGAAUGUGAAAAGGAUUUAGCACAAGCUAUACCCGUACUUGAGGAAGCCAUACAGGCGCUUAACACUUUGAAACCCGCUGAUAUUACCUUGGUCAAGUCAAUGAAAAAUCCACCACCCGUAAUUAAAUUGGUUAUGGCUGCGGUUUGUGUUAUUAAAGGAGUGCCGCCCGAAAGGAUACCUGAUCCCAGUACGGGAAAAAUGGUGAACGACUAUUGGGGGCCUAGCAAACGUAUAUUGGGUGAGAUGAAUUUUCUACAACAGCUUAAAGACUUUGACAAGGACAAUAUAAAACCAGAGAUUAUGGCGCGCAUACGCAAAGAGUUCAUACCGAAUAAAGACUUCCAACCGCGUAUCGUUGCUAAAGCAUCUAGCGCUGCCGAAGGUCUCUGCAAAUGGAUAAUAGCUAUGGAUCUGUAUGACAAUGUAGCGAAAGUGGUGGCGCCCAAAAAGGCAAAAUUAGCUGCUGCCGAAAAAGAAUAUUCAGACACAAUGAAAUUUUUAACAGAAAAACGUGAGCUAGCAGCGGCAUUAGAAGCUAAGGUAGCAAAACUCAAUGAAGAAUUGGACAAAGCCAAUGCGGAAAUGAAGCGUACGCAAGACGAAGCAGACUUUUGUCAAAGCAAAUUAGAAAGAGCUACCGCUCUAAUUGACGGUUUAGGUGGAGAAAAGUCUCGUUGGACUCAAGCAGCUGAAAAUUUACAAAGCAUAUACGAUCAUUUACCUGGAGAUAUUCUGCUCUCAUGUGGUAUCAUUGCAUAUUUGUCUGCCGUGAAUCUCUUUUAUAGAACACAAUGCACAUUGGACUGGUUUAAACGUUGUGUGCAGGCUGGGAUACCGACAUCGAAAGAAUAUAAUAUCACCACAACACUCGGUUUGGAAAUCACCAUACAGAAUUGGAAUAUUAAUGGACUGCCAAAAGAUGUAUUUUCUACUGAAAAUGCAAUCAUAGCUGACAGUUCUAGUCGCUAUAGUUUAUUUAUAGAUCCACAGGGUCAGGCAAACAGUUGGAUCAAAAAUAUGGAAAGAAAAAAUCGUCUAAGCAGCGUCAAAUUCAAUCAGGCUAAUUAUAUGAAAGUUAUUGCCGAGUGUAUGGAAUAUGGCUCGCCAGUGAUUAUAGAAAAUGUACUUGAAGAAUUGGAGGUUCCACUGGAUCCGAUACUGAUGCGUAAAACUUUCAAGCAAGGCGGACAGAACUUCAUAAGUUUAGGUGAUAAUAUAGUGCCAUUGCAUGAUAACUUCCGACUCUACAUGACAUGCAAUUUGAGAAAUCCACAUUUUUUGCCAGAAACCUUCAAUAAAGUAACUAUUAUAAACUUUGCGCUAACACAGAACGCUCUAGAGGAUCAACUUUUGAGCAUUGUGGUUGCGAAAGAACGACCUGAUUUACAAGAGUUGCGUAUGAUGUUGAUAAAUGAAGCAGCUAAAAAUAAAGCCGCCCUAAGAGAUGCUGAAAAUAUGAUUCUAAAAACUCUAUCUGCCGCCGAGGGUGAUAUUUUGGAAAAUGAGAGUGCAAUACAAAUCCUAAACGAGUCUAAGGAGCUAUCACUAGAUAUUGUUGCAAAGCAGGCUGCUUCGCGUGAGACUGAAAUGAAAAUAGAAGCAUUUAGAUUGAAUUAUAAGCCUGUUGCUGUGCAUUCAUCCGUGCUUUACUAUUCGAUCACCGAUUUGCCGAACAUAGACCCCAUGUAUCAAUUUUCGCUCAAUUGGUAUAUAAAUCUCUAUGAGUAUUCUAUUGAAUCUGCAAAUAAAUCUAAAGAUCUACCACGUCGCAUUAAGUUCUUGGUAGAUGGUGUGACGAGAAAUCUCUACAACAAUGUUUGUCGUUCGAUAUUUGAGAAGGAUAAGUUACUGUUCUCUUUUAUACUGACUUGCCGAAUCUUGUUGGGUACUGGCCAACUAAAGAUGGUCCAACUAUCACAUUUACUCACAGAUGCCAAGGAAGCUGAUAAAAUCAUACCCAAUCCCGAUCCCUCAUGGAUUACGGAUAUAAUAUGGUUAAAUAUGGUGCGUUUGGAAGAUCUACCCGAAUUGCGUGGUUUUGCAGUUAGCUUUGCUAAAGGUUUACAUGAUUGGAAGCGUAUCUAUGAUCAUAUUGAGCCCGAAAAUCAGACAAUACCAUCACCAUGGCAUGAUAAAUUAUCGCGAUUCGAAAAGAUACUUGUUUUAAAAGCGCUACGUCCAGAUAAGGUAUUUAUAGCUAUUCGCAAUUUUAUUGCUGCAGAAAUGGGUACACAAUUUGUGACACCGCCUGAGUUCGACAUUGGUAUGUCAUAUAAAGAGUCAAAUGCAUUGACGCCACUCAUAUUUAUACUAUCACCUGGUGCCGAUCCACUUGGUUCACUGUUGACAUAUGCUGAGAAAGCAGGCUUUAUGGAUACUUUCCAAAGUAUUUCACUGGGUCAAGGCCAAGGUCCUAUUGCGCUGGGGCUUAUUAAGGAUGCACAAGAUCUAGGUUACUGGGUUUGCUUGCAAAAUUGUCAUUUGGCUGCUUCAUGGAUGCCAACAUUGGAAUACGUCUGGGAAAAUAUGGAUACCUUCAACACUUCACCUAACUUCCGGUUGUGGCUCACAAGUUACCCUACGCCAAGAUUUCCGGUAGCUUUACUACAAAAUGGAGUUAAGAUGACGAAUGAACCACCUACCGGUCUCAAGGAGAAUAUCAUGCGGUCAUACAACUCUGAACCAAUUAACGAUCCUACCUUCUAUUUAGGAUGCCCCAAACAAGAUCGAGCUUUUACUCGUCUGCUCUUCGGCAUAUGUUUUUUUCAUGCCGUCGUUCAAGAGCGUCGCAAAUAUGGACCUUUAGGUUGGAAUAUCGCUUAUGGCUUCAAUGAAUCUGAUCUUCAAAUAUCUGUAUUGCAAUUAAAUAUGUUACUUAAUCAGUACGAUCAUGUUCCUUAUGAUGCCCUAUCUUAUCUGACGGCCGAGUGUAAUUAUGGUGGUCGCGUAACAGACUAUUGGGAUCGUCGAGCCAUUGUCACCAUACUUGCGGAUUACCUAAAUCCUGAUGCUGUUAAUGAUAAUCGAUAUCGAUUCGCCACUGAUGAUCGUUUUAUUUUGCCACGCAAAACGGAACACCGUGAAAUAUUACGUUAUGUGGAUGAAAAUUAUCCGUCAUUAGCUGCACCAGAAGUUUACGGCCUACACGGCAACUCAGGCAUUACACGUGAUCUACAAACUACCAAAACUCUGCUCGACUCUAUGAUUGCGAUUGUUGGUAGUGAAAUGGCUUCGACUGGAGCCGGCACACAAAGUCUGGACGAAACUUUAUUACAUACCAUUGCCCAUAUAGUCAAUACAAUGCCUGUCGAUAUGGAUAUUGAUAGCGCCAAAACUAAGUAUCCAGUUAAUUACAAUGAAUCUAUGAACACUGUGUUAGUACAGGAAAUGGAACGUUUUCUAAAGUUACAAAAAGAGAUACGUGCCUCUUGUCGUGAUCUUGAUAUGGCUAUAAAAGGAAUUGUUGUCAUGACUCCUGAUUUAGAGAAUGUUUUGAAUGCCAUUAAAUUAAAUCGAAUACCCGCUAAAUGGUUGUCAAAGUCAUAUCCAAGUCUAAAAACUUUGAGCUCCUACAUCCAAGACCUAUAUAGACGGCUCGAAUGGCUGCAGCACUGGUAUGCGCACGGAAAGCCCCCUACUUUUUGGUUAUCGGGCUUUUUCUUCACUCAAGCCUUUCUAACUGGAGCCAUGCAGAACUUUGCUCGAAAAUACAAAAUUCCAAUCGAUACCCUAACAUUUGACUUUGAUGUCCUAUAUGAGGAUAGCAUGAAAUCUGCACCUGUGGAUGGCGUUUACAUAAACGGACUCUUUCUUGAGGGGGCUCGUUGGAAUUUGAAAGACAACAUCAUAGACGAACAACUACCGAAAAUACUAAUUUAUGCGGUGCCUGCUAUAUAUUUUAAACCCGUGGAGAUUUUAAAACUUAUAGAAGGGACUCGCUACAAAUGCCCUUUAUAUAAAACAUCAGAACGCAAAGGUGUACUUUCGACUACCGGUCACUCGACAAAUUAUGUGAUCCCGAUAUUACUGAAAACGAAAGUAAAAGCCACGCAUUGGGUUAAACGCAGCGCCGCUUUACUAUGCCAAAAAACUGAUUAA